AAAAUGGUGGCUGGGUUGUGUUGUGCAGUCGCCUUCGUGUCCUCCUCCUUUCUCGUCUUCCUUCUUCCCUUUUGGCCGCGUCCUCCGACCUUUCCUCCACCGUUCACGCGUUUCCCAGAUCCCCACCAUUCCACCAAACCAACCAAAUCCAAAGCUCUAUCAUUUUUCCCACCCUCCAUUGAUCGAUUCCUCCAAGCUCCAAGCCUAGCCCAUGCCACUGCCCUGUGACUCCUCUUCUUCUUCUAGCUGCCGCCAUUCCAUUCCUUGAGCUGCCCUGCUAACUAAUGGAGCAGCCACCUUCUUCUAAUUUGCAUCUUCACAACCUUCUUCUUCCUGUGCUACUCCUCGUCUCGGUUUCUUGCCCUCUCGCCGCCCAUGGCAGCGCAGCGAUUGGGGGCUUUGAAGGAGCUGGUACCGACGGAUGGAGCACGCGUGGGGGUGCUCCUGUUGAUCUUAGAAGCAUAAGAAGUUUGCAUUCGAGAAGACUACUACAGACAGGUGGUGGAAACCGUAUUCCUUCACUUCCCCUUCCGCCUAUGCGAGCCCCUGAUCGUAAGAAGCACAAGCACCACAGAAGGGCACCGUCGCCUGCUCCAUCACCCUCGCCGUUCAACGCUCCACCUAAAGCCUCACCAUCACCAUCCCCUUCAAAUUUGCAUCCAUUGACAGCUCCUCCACCUGUGGUGAGGCCCUUGCCUUCCACCCCACAGGCAAAGCAUGAUCCUCAACCUGAUGCUCCAGUUCAAACUUUGCAUAAGAAUUCGUGGAGAGGCUACGGUUUGGUCACAGCUGGGAGUGCGGUUUUUCUAGUCAUGACAGCAGCAUUUGUCGUAUACUGCCGAGCAAAGAAAGUGGGGACUGUAAAGCCUUGGGUAACAGGGCUAAGUGGGCAACUGCAGCGAGCAUUUGUGACAGGUGUACCUUCAUUGAAACGGUCAGAGCUAGAAGCAGCCUGUGAGGAUUUCAGCAAUAUAAUUGGUUCCACGGCUAGCUGCAUGCUGUAUAAGGGAACUUUAUCUAGCGGCGUUGAAAUAGCAGUAGUGUCAAGUUCAGUAACAUCUGGGAAGGAUUGGUCAAAAGAAUGUGAAUCCCAGUACAGGAAAAAGAUCUCAAGUUUAUCCAAAGUGGGCCACAAGAAUUUUAUAAAUCUGCUUGGCUAUUGUGAAGAAGAAAAUCCUUUCACCAGAGCUAUGGUGUUUGAAUAUGCUCCAAAUGGGACUCUUUUUGAGCAUCUGCAUGUUAGAGAAGCUGAGAACUUGGACUGGAUGGCCCGGCUCAGGAUAUCGAUGGGGAUAGCUUACUGCCUAGAGCACAUGCACAAGCUGAACCCACCUGCUCUGCCAAGGAACUUCAACUCGACGACCAUCUAUCUCACCGACGAUUUCGCUGCAAAGGUUUCAGAUCUCGAUUUCUGGAACGGGACCACCGACGACUGCACCACGCUAGACAGAGCCAGCCUCGUGCAUCAGUAUGGCAUGGUAUUGCUGGAGAUACUAACGGGAAGAGCACCCUUCCCAGAGCAAGAUGAACCACUGGAACAGUGGGCAUCUCUGUACUUCGAAGGCAAGAUGCCUCUUGCAGAGCUGAUUGACUCAAGCCUGGGUUCAUUCCCUGAGGAGGCUGCGAGGGAAUUGUGCGAUGUCGCGAAGUCCUGCGUCGACCAAGAUCCAAGCAAGAGACCGGAGAUGGUGCAGGUUGCGGCUCGGAUGAAGGAGAUCACGGCGCUGGGGCCAGAGGGCGUGACCCCGAAGGUGUCGCCGCUCUGGUGGGCGGAGCUGGAGAUCAUGUCUGCUGAAUCUAGCUGAUGGUGGAGCUAGACUUCGAGCAGUCCACUCCCCUACCUGUUGUGAUUAUGGGAUUCUUUCGUUUGAUUUGUUUUGCUCCUGAUCCUGAAAAGUUGUUGGGUUGUGGCUUCCAAGUUUGAAGAUGUAGAUGGUUAUUAUAGCGGCAAUGUAAAGAUGAGUGCUCCCACAGCCAGCAAAUUCUUGAAAUUGAAAACGUGAAGGGUUUGUGGCUAUGUCUCAUUUGCAUCUCUGUUUUCGAUUUAUUUAUUGGACAAAAGACAUGUAUUGUGAAUCUAGUGUACCGAAUGUAAUCUUUGGAAAAGUCUCUGGUUGUGCUAACACUGAUGAACAAAGUGUA